UGCCGUGGCCGGCGCUGCUGGCGGGAUGAGCGCCAAAGGCUCAGUUUUGUUGAUGAGCGUUGGGAAUGUAUUACGCCCCUACAGCAUUCCUCAGGAGAACCAUGAGCUAGUGGUUGAAAUUGCGGACAGCUGGGACUCUUGGACUGUAGGCCUGCCCCCGGCUGAGUGCGUCCUUGGGGGAGGCCGGGUUGGAAAAGGUUGGCCUCAGGUCCGUAUUGAAGUGGCCUGACUCUUCAAGACGAGCUGAACAACCAGCAGCUCCCACUGAUCACUGUGGGGGUUGAACAGGCUUGCAACUCUGCACAGCAGGCCAUGUAGGUUCUUCACCUCUGUGUGGGUGCUCAGGCCUGCCUGUGCUCAUCUCCCGGCACAACUGGGGUGGGAAGUGUGGAAAAAUCAGCAUUAAUUUGACCCUUUGUGUAGGGGAGUGAUGCAUUAAUUAAGCCUGAGAGAGAUGGAGCCAGAGGUCCUGUUCAAGUGCAGAGUAUUAUCUCACAGCCAGGGCAUCUACCUGAUCUUUGAAGGCUGAACCUAGAAGAUCCUUCUGCCUGGUGGCUACUCGCAAACCCUUCCACCCCCCUCCCCUCUUCUGUCUUGGCCUGACUGUAGUAAUCUUGGUCUAGCUGCUUCAGGAAGUCCUGUUGGGUAAAAGACUGAGCAGCAGGGCUGGGGGAGGGAGAUGUGAUGGAGGAAGUUGCACACAUCUGCAGUUCCCCGAGUGAAGGUACUGGUGGCCCCGCAUUGCCGUGAGAGAGAGAGAUUGGAGUUGCUUGUGCUUUCCUGGCCUUUGGAGAUCCAGCCGGAGAGAGAUGCAGCUGCCAAGGCUGAUGGGGUCCCUUGUGGUCCUGCUGGGUGUGUCUGGGGCACUGGACCCUGUCCUGGAGCAAGGCUGGCGAGGGUGGAAGACCUUCCAUGCUAAGGAGUAUCCUGAAGAGGCGGAAGCUUUCCGCAGGGCGGUCUGGGAGAAGAACCUGCGGCGGAUUGAGCACCACAACCUGGAGGAGUCUCUGGGGAAGCACAGCUACCGCCUGGAAAUGAACCACUUUGGGGACCUGACGGACGAAGAAUUUAACCAGCUUCUGAACGGUUUUCUAGCCGAGCGACAUGGCGGGAAGGUGCCUCUCUUCCAGGAAUCGGCUGCUUGGGAGACUCCCAAGGAGGUGGACUGGCGCGCAAAGGGCUACGUCACCCCCGUGAAAAACCAGGGCCACUGCGGGUCCUGCUGGGCUUUCAGUGCCACGGGAGCCCUGGAGGGCUUGGUCUUCAAGAAGACGGGCAAACUGGUGUCGCUGAGCGAGCAGAACCUCAUGGACUGCUCGAGGAGGCUGGGGAACAACGGGUGCCAUGGGGGCUUCAUCACUCGAGCCUUCCAGUACGUGCGGGACAACAAGGGCAUCAACUCGGAGCUCAACUACCCCUACUUGGAGAGGGACGAAUUCAGCUGCCAUUACAACCCCCAGGACAACGCUGCCAACUGCACCUCUCUCAUGCAGAUCCAGCUGGGCAAUGAGACCGCUCUAGAGCAGGUGGUGGCCACUGUCGGCCCUGUCUCCGUUGCCGUGGAUGCCAGCACCUUCCACUUCCACUUCUACAAGUCAGGAGUCUUCAAUGACAGCCAGUGCAGCCACACAGUGAAUCACGCGAUGCUGGCCGUGGGCUACGGCACAUCCCAGGAGAACGGGAACAAUGCCGCCUACUGGCUUCUCAAGAACAGCUGGUCUGAGCAAUGGGGUGAAAAAGGUUACAUCCGGCUGGCGAAAGGAGCCAACAAUCACUGUGGUGUGGCCAAUCAAGCAAGCUAUCCUGUCUUGUAGCCACUUCUGGGUUUUCCUCCUGCCCUGGGCCUGCAUGGCAGAAGGCCUCACAUAUUGGCUGGAGUUUUUUUUCUUCCCAAUGACUUGAUCUUUGUCUUCAGCAUGGAGAUUCUUUUUGCUCCUGGCCGUGAUUUCUGGGCUGUUUCUUAGCUGCGACUUACAUGGGUUUAGAGGCGAUUAAAAGUUGUGCAGCAAAUUGCUCUUGCAAGCCUGGGUAAGUCCUGUUCUGGUCACGCCGCAGCAUCGCUGAAUGAGGCUUAGUGUCCUGUCUAACGUAUUCAUAAAAUAAAGAAUGUUUUCCUCUCA